AUGAACCGUAUUUUCGGUAAAGGAAAGCCUAAAGCGCCACCACCGAACCUCACAGACUGCAUAGGAGGCGUGGAUACCAGGGCGGAGUCAGUAGACAAGAAGAUCGCCAGACUGGACGCUGAGCUGGUGAAGUACAAAGAUCAGAUGAAGAAGAUGAGAGAUGGGCCGUCGAAGAACAUGGUUAAGCAGAAGGCACUGAGGGUCCUGAAGCAGAAAAGAAUGUAUGAGGGUCAGAGGGACAACCUGAUGCAGCAGUCGUUCAAUAUGGAACAAGCAAACUACACCAUUCAGACCCUUAAAGACACUAAAACCACAGUCGAUGCCAUGAAAACUGGCCUCAAGGACAUGAAGCAAGCGUACAAGAAGGUGGACAUUAAUAAGAUCGAGGAUAUUCAAGAUCAACUGGAAGACAUGAUGGAGGACGCCAAUGAAAUUCAGGAGGCAAUGGGCAGGAGCUACGGGACACCAGAGAUUGAUGAGGAUGAUUUGGCAGCAGAGCUGGACGCUUUGGGAGACGAGCUGCUGGAUGAAGACAGCUCCUACCUGGAUGAAGCUGCAGUUCCUUCCAUCCCUGAAGGCAUUCCUAUUGACAAGUCAACCAACAGGGACGGUGUUCUGGUGGAUGAGUUUGGCCUCCCUCAGAUUCCAGCUACAUAAACAUACGGCUUUGUUAGCAAUCCUGCUGUUUUUACUUGUAUUAUAAUCUUUAUUUGUUGUAUUUAUCCAAAUGAAACCCCGGGCCUUAGUGGGCGGCAUCGAA